GUGAUUUCAAUUGCCCGUCCAGCUUUUACAAACGCGUCCUCUCUCUCUCUCUCUCUCUCUCUCUCUCUCUCUCUCUCCUAUUAGGGUUUCAAAGCGCCGUUGCGCUCUUUUCGAUCCGUUACGGUACUAUCCACACUUUGUUAUCCAGAUACAAUAUGGCGAUGGAAGUUACCCAGGUGCUUUUGAAUGCACAAUCAGUAGAUGGAACCAUUCGGAAGCAUGCGGAAGAAAAUUUGAAACAGUUUCAGGAGCAAAACCUACCCAGCUUCUUGCUCUCUCUUUCUGGGGAGCUAGCUAAUGAUGAGAAGCCUGUUGACAGCCGCAAAUUAGCUGGUUUGAUCCUUAAAAAUGCUUUGGAUGCCAAAGAACAGCACAGAAAGUUUGAGCUUGUUCAAAGAUGGUUGUCAUUGGACAACACUGUAAAGACUCAGAUAAAGACAUGCUUGUUACAGACCCUUUCAUCUCCUGCAUCUGAUGCUCGGUCAACGGCAUCACAAGUCAUUGCAAAGAUAGCAGGUAUUGAGUUGCCUCAGAAACAGUGGCCCGAGCUGAUAGGGUCACUCCUGUCAAAUAUUCAUCAGCUUCCAGUUCAUGUCAAGCAAGCCACUUUAGAGACUUUGGGAUAUUUGUGUGAGGAAGUCUCUCCCGAUGUUGUAGAUCAAGAUCAAGUAAAUAAAAUUCUUACAGCUGUAGUUCAGGGAAUGAAUGCAUCUGAGGGAAACAAUGAUGUUAGGCUUGCUGCAACAAGAGCGCUGUAUAAUGCUUUGGGCUUUGCUCAAGCAAAUUUCACCAAUGAUAUGGAACGUGAUUACAUUAUGAGAGUUGUCUGUGAGGCAACUUUGUGCCCAGAAGUGAAGAUACGACAGGCAGCUUUCGAGUGUUUGGUAUCCAUUUCUUCAACUUACUAUGAGAAAUUAGCCCCUUACAUUCAGGACAUUUUUAAUAUUACGGCGAAGGCUGUAAGGGAAGAUGAGGAACCUGUUGCCCUGCAAGCCAUUGAGUUUUGGAGCUCAAUUUGUGAUGAAGAGAUAGAUAUCUUAGACGAAUAUGGAGGUGAUUUCACUGGGGAUUCUGAUAUUCCUUGCUUUUAUUUUAUUAAGCAAGCACUUCCUGCCCUUGUGCCUAUGCUGUUGGAGACACUCCUUAAGCAGGAGGAGGAUCAAGACCAGGAUGAAGGGGCAUGGAAUCUUGCCAUGGCUGGGGGCACAUGUCUUGGUUUGGUUGCACGGACAGUGGGAGAUCAUAUUGUUCCGCUUGUUAUGCCAUUCAUUGAAGAGAACAUAACAAAACCAGAUUGGAGGCAAAGGGAGGCAGCCACAUAUGCCUUUGGCUCCAUCUUGGAGGGUCCUUCCCCUGAAAAGUUAACACCCAUCGUCAAUGUUGCUUUAAACUUUAUGCUCAGUGCGUUGACAAAGGACCCUAAUAAUCAUGUGAAGGACACUACAGCUUGGACCCUGGGAAGAAUAUUUGAAUUCCUUCAUGGUUCAACUAUUGAAACACCCAUAAUUACUCAUGCAAAUUGCCAGCAGAUUAUCACAGUAUUGCUUCAAAGCAUGAAAGAUGUUCCAAAUGUUGCCGAGAAAGCCUGUGGUGCUCUCUAUUUUCUUGCCCAAGGUUAUGAAGAUGUGGGUUCAUCAUCUCCCCUGACUCCUUUUUUCCAAGAAAUUGUUCAGUCACUUCUCACAGUCACUCACAGAGAAGAUGCUGGGGAAUCUCGUUUAAGGACUGCUGCAUAUGAAACCUUGAAUGAAGUAGUGAGGUGUUCAACUGAUGAAACAGCUCCCAUGGUGUUGCAACUUGUUCCUGUCAUUAUGUUGGAGCUUCACCAGACACUUGAGGCUCAGAAGCUUUCGUCUGAAGAAAGAGAGAGGCAGGGUGAAUUACAAGGCCUUCUCUGCGGAUGUCUCCAGGUCAUCAUUCAGAAACUAGGAUCAUCAGAGCCGACCAAGUAUGUUUUCAUGCAGUAUGCAGAUCAGAUCAUGGCACUUUUCUUGAGGGUUUUCGCUUGUAGAAGUGCCACAGUCCACGAGGAGGCAAUGCUUGCAAUUGGAGCCCUUGCCUAUUCAACAGGCCCGGAUUUUGCAAAAUAUAUGCCAGAGUUUUAUAAAUAUUUGGAAAUGGGUCUUCAGAAUUUUGAGGAGUACCAAGUCUGUGCUGUCACGGUUGGGGUGGUGGGGGAUAUAUGCAGGGCAUUGGAGGACAAGAUUCUACCUUAUUGUGAUGGAAUUAUGACGCAACUACUUAAAGACUUAUCAAGUAACCAGUUGCACAGAUCUGUGAAGCCUCCUAUCUUCUCCUGUUUUGGUGACAUAGCACUGGCAAUAGGUGAGAACUUCGAGAAGUACCUCAUGUAUGCUAUGCCCAUGCUUCAGAGUGCAGCUGAGUUGUCUGCCCAUACAUCAGGUGCCGAUGAUGAAAUGACAGAGUACACCAAUCUUUUGAGAAAUGGGAUUUUGGAGGCAUAUUCUGGAAUUUUUCAAGGCUUCAAGAACUCUCCCAAAACUCAGCUCUUGAUUCCAUAUGCACCUCACAUCCUCCAGUUCCUGGAUAGCAUAUAUCUUGAGAAGGACAUGGAUGAUGUGGUAAUGAAAACUGCCAUUGGGGUUCUUGGAGAUCUAGCUGAUACUCUGGGAAGUAAUGCAGGUUCUUUGAUCCAGCAAUCUCUGUCAAGCAAAGACUUUUUAAAUGAAUGCUUGUCCUCAGAGGACCAUUUGAUUAAAGAAUCUGCUGAAUGGGCCAAGUUGGCCAUCAGUCGUGCUAUUUCUGUUUGAGGCUGCUGCCACUUGGUAAAUUAUUUUUCCUUUUAGAAGUCCCUGCAUGCAUCGGGUGUGUCGAGUCGGGGUCUGGGAUUGCAUACAAUGUGUCGGGUCAUUGCUAUUUUCAGACAACAGAAUCAUCCUUCAAGUUGUCACUAACUCUUGCAUCAGCACCAUGGGGUCGGGUUCUUUUUCUUUUGUCAUCGAGGAAUGGGAAGUGAUGGCUUUGCAAAGAUGGGUGGAGGCCUUCCUCUGGAAGCGGAAAAGGUAUUCUUUGGUGCUGGAGAAUAUGGGGUGGGAAGGGAUUUGUUGCAGUGACAUGCUGAAUGGGCACAACCUCGGUUCCUCUUGAGUUCACUGUAUCGUUGACGGAAUUUUUAUGGUUGAGAUUGAAUAUCUUAAGUGAUAACUGAUAACCCCCAUACCAUCCCGGUAGUGCUGUUCUCUCACCGGUGGUUUUUGGUGUUUGGAAUGAAUGACUGCAGAAAGCUGGCUUGAGUUUUGUAACACUUAAAAACCACUCCCUGGUUUUUGGGUGUUUUGGAGUGAAUUACUGCAGAAAGUUGGUUCGAGUUUUGUAACACUUAAAGCCACCCUGCCGUUGCAUUUCACAUUUGAUCCCCCAUCGCCUUUUUGCCUACUCCCUCGGUUCUAUUUCUUAAUGUCUUGCAUUGUUCAAGGUCAUCAAUUUGUUUUGUUAGUUAAGGUCGGGUCAUAUCAUAUUUCACCUCAUUCGCAUUUUUGUAUACUUAAUAGUGUGGGUUUUUAGUGGUCACCCGCAGACUCUGGAGAGCAUUUCUUCCUGCAUCACUCUAUUUCAUUUCCUACCAUUGUUACAAUAGGUGUCUUGUAAGUCAAAUGUUCAAUAGCAUGCAUUCAUGAAAUCAUGUGUGCUGCCUUUCUCCUUGCCUUUAAAGUAUAGAUUUUUUUUGAAGUUGUGCUUUCGAAAUGUGUAGUCAUAUUUUGAUGAUUGCCUUCUGUAGAGUGUUAUAUUGAAAAUGUCACCAAUUAUGAUGACAAUGGAAGGGUUGAAAACCUUAAAAAAAGAAAAAAAGUAUUUGGAGUUGUCACUUGUUAGGUGGGGCGGUGUAUUUUGUAGCCUCACCUCAUCUUCAAGUUUUUGAGCCAUAUGUCAUAAAUUCUCUAUAGAUUUAUGUGAAUUUGGAUGUGUUCUUGCA